UAUAAUGAGCUGUGUUGUCUUUAAACGUCUCCACAUUCCAGUGGACCUUUAAACGUCACACGGGGGGCGGUGUUGCGUUCACUUCCCCUCCCCCAAAACCACGAGGCUCCAGUGUUGACAGGCCCGAUCACCGCCCCAUCGUCACCGUUCAGUCCGGCUUUUCUAGCUCACCUCCCCCAGACAAAGCGGCUCGCCUCGCCUCUCUGUCGGUGACAUCCGCUGACACCCACCGGUCAAACCCCGCCGCCUGGAAGACGCAGAGACGGUGGUUUUUAGCCCGGUUUUAAAGCGUCCCCGGUCCCAAACCUCACAAAGGAUUAACGGCCGUGCGGGAAUUCCGCCAUCCGGUCCGUUUUUAGCACGGAGCUAACCGGACAGACCCCGCCUCCUCUUAAUUUGUCAACAAAGGGGUUUGACAAGCUGAGAGAAGCCCUGCCCCCAUGUUUCCAUAAAAGGAUGAUUUGGCCAUACACGGCCAACAAUCAAGCCGUGGGUAACCUCUUCCCUUCCCCAUCCCGUUCAUAUGGUGCGUUGACUUCCUCCGUCGCCGUUAAAGCGGAGCUAUCAUGGCGGAGCGCGUACAGCAGCCCCCGGCCAAGCGGCUCUGCUGUAGACCGGGAUACAAUGCAACAUGUAGGCAAGGCCAGCGGGCCGCGGGGGCUCCGUGCGGCGGCUCCGGAGCCACCCAGGGUGAGUCGAGCAAGACCCAGAACCCAGAGACGCUGCUGGACAUCGCGGCGAGGAAAGUCGCGGAGAAGUGGCCGUUUCAGCGGGUGGAGGAGCGUUUCGAGCGGAUCCCGGAGCCCGUUCAGAGACGGAUCGUUUACUGGUCUUUCCCGAGGAGCGAGCGGGAGAUCUGCAUGUACUCGUCGUUCAACACCGGCGGGGAGGAGAUCGGAAGUAGCGGGGAGAGCAGUGACGAGACGCGGCUGCCUUUCCGACGGGGCAUCGCUCUGCUGGAGAGCGGCUGCGUGGACAACGUACUGCAAGUCGGGUUUCACCUCAGCGGCACAGUAAGGGAACCUGCCACGUCCUCAGAGCCCGAGCUGGUCUGCAACGUGAGCGUCAGCUUCGACCGCUGCAAAAUCACUGCGGUAACAUGCAGCUGUGGCAACAAGGACAUAUUCUACUGCGCCCACGUCGUGGCGCUCUCGCUGUAUCGGGUACGGAAGCCCGAGCAGGUCAAACUGCGCCUGCCCAUCUCAGAGACGCUAUUCCAAAUGAACAGAGAUCAGCUGCAGAAGUUUGUUCAGUACCUGAUCACGGUGCACCACACAGAGGUGCUGCCGACGGCACAGAAACUGGCUGAUGAAAUACUGUCGCAGAACUCUGAGAUCAACCAGGUUCACGGAGCUCCAGAUCCGACGGCGGGCGCCAGCGUGGACGAUGAGAACUGCUGGCAUCUGGACGAGGAGCAGGUUCAGGAACAGGUCAAGCUCUUCCUCUCCCAGGGCGGGUACCAUGGCUCGGGGAAACAGCUCAACUUACUGUUCAGCAAGGUGAGAGAGAUGCUGAAGAUGAGGGACUCCAACGGAGCUCGUAUGUUAACGCUGAUCACAGAGCAGUUCAUGGGCGACCCCAGACUGGCGCUGUGGAGGCAACAGGGGACCACCAUGACUGACAAGUACAGGCAGCUGUGGGACGAACUAGGAGCCCUGUGGAUGUGCAUUGUGCUGAACCCCCACUACAAACCCGAGCAGAAGGGCUUCUGGCUUCGACAGCUUCGCAGGUGGAACAGCGUGGACGUCUGCCCCUUGGAGGACGGUAACCAUGGCAGCGAGCUGACCAAUCUGACCAACGCUCUGCCCCAGGGCCCUCCUGGUAACCCAGAUUCCCUCACUCGGCCUCACCGGACGGUGUUCACGCGAGCGAUCGAGGCCUGCGACCUGCACUGGCAGGACCCCCACCUGCAGCACAUCAUCACCGAGGACCACUACACCAACUACUGUUACCAUGACAACCUCGACAGCUCCCUCUUCGACACCCGAGGGUGGCCCCUGUGGCACGAGCACGUCCCGACUGCGUGUGCUCGAGUAGACGCACUGAGAUCACACGGUUACCCCAAGGAAGCACUCAGGCUCGCCAUCGCAAUAGUGAACACGCUGCGGAGGCAACAGCAGAAACAGCUGGAGUUCUUCCGCACUCACAAGAAAGAGCUGCUUCAUAAAGGAAUAACAUCAGUGACCAACCUGGAGGGUUGGGUGGGUCACCCUCUGGACCCCAUCGGCACUCUGUUCACCACCCUGAUGGAGACGGGGCGGGGCAGCGAGGACGGAGCCGCCGCCCUUCUCGACUUCUCAGGCUCACCAGGUUCAGGCAGGAGGACGGAGCACCCUGUGUGCCCGGCGCAGCGUUUCCUGGAGGAGGGAGAGUCGUUUGUGUCGCUGGCCGUGGAGACGGCUCUGAUUGGUUUAGGGCAGCAGAGGGUGAUGCCGGACGGCCUGUACGCUCAGGAGAAGGUGUGCCGCAACGAAGAGCAGCUACUGGCCAAGCUUCAAGAAGUUGAUUUAGACGACACGCUGGUGAAGAUCUUCCGGAAACAAGCCGCUAUCCUGUUAGAGGCUGGUCCUUACAGUGGUCUGGGGGAGUUACUCUACAGAGAGAGCGUCCCCAUGCACACUUUUGCCAAGUAUCUCUUCACCUCCCUGCUACCUCAUGACGCCGAAUUGGCGUACAAAAUUGCACUGAGGGCCAUGCGGUUGCCGGUCCUGGAGUCCACGGCCCCCUCCGGUGACUUGUCUCGGCCUCACCAUAUAGUGUCAGUGGUGCCCAACCGCCUUCCCCGCUGGUUCACUCUCAGCCACAUAGAGACCCAACAGUGUGAACUGGCCUCCACCAUGCUCACUGCUGCUAAAGGCGAUGCUCGUAAGCUUGAAACAGUGUUAGAGUCCAUCCAGAAGAACAUCCACUCCUCAUCCCACAUCUUCAAACUGGCCCAGGAUGCCUUCAAAAUUGCCACUCUCAUGGACAGCCUGCCAGACAUCACGCUGCUCAAAGUCUCCCUGGAGCUGGGUCUUCAGGUGAUGAGAAUGACACUGUCUACCUUGAACUGGCGGAGGAGAGAGAUGGUGCGAUGGCUGGUGACUUGUGCUACUGAAGCUGGUGUGUUUGCGCUGGACAGCAUCAUGCAGAGCUGGUUCACCCUCUUCACCCCCACUGAAGCCACCAGCGUCGUGGCGAGCACCGUCAUGUCCAACAGCACCAUCGUCCGCCUGCACUUGGACUGCCAUCAGCAGGAGAACCUGGCCAACUCUGCCCGCACCCUGGCCCUGCAGUGUGCCAUGAAGGACCCCCAAAACUGUGCCCUCUCAGCUCUGACUCUCUGUGAGAAGGACCACAUUGCCUUCGAGACAGCCUAUCAGAUUGUACUGGACGCGGCUGCCACAGGAAUGAACUACACACAGCUGUUUACAAUAGCACGCUACAUGGAGCACCGUGGCUAUCCUAUGAGGGCGUACAAACUAGCAACGUUAGCCAUGACUCACCUGAACCUCAGCUACAACCAAGACACACACCCGGCCAUCAAUGACGUGCUCUGGGCAUGUGCGCUCAGCCACUCGCUCGGGAAAAACGAACUGGCAUCUGUCAUCCCCCUGGUGGUGAAGAGCGUGAAGUGCGCCACCGUCUUGUCAGACAUUUUGCGGCGGUGCACGCUGACGACGCCGGGCAUGGUGGCGCUGCACAGUCGCAGGAACUCUGGGAAGCUGAUGCCUCUGGACAAGGCUCCGCUCAGGCAGCUGCUGGACGCCACGAUCGGGGCCUACAUCAACACGACGCACUCUCGGCUGACGCACAUCAGCCCACGCCACUACAGCGAGUUCAUCGAGUUCCUCAGCAAAGCCAGAGAGACGUUCCUCAUGGCGCACGACGGACACAUCCAGUUCACACAGUUCAUAGACAACCUGAAACAGAUUUACAAGGGCAAGAAGAAACUCAUGAUGCUUGUUCGAGAGAGAUUUGGUUGAAAUGACCAAAUCACCUUUUUUUUUUUUUUUUUUUUUUAAUCCUUUCUAACUUGAAAUGAAAAUCCUCUGAAACAACUUUCAUGCAAAUCUUAUUCCUGUGAUUUGGCGCUGCGGGGUCAAACGUGAGAAUGAACACAGUUUCCUGAAGGGAAAUAAUUAAACUGUGAUGUGGGAAAAGUCACGUUCAUUCAUUGUGAGUCGUACCAAGCAGGAACUCAGACUAACUGGAUAUCCGAGGACAAUGGGAAUAAGAUAUGAAUUAUGUUUUGGUUAAAUUUUCUCCUGAAAAUGACAAGUUUGAAAUAGAAGAAAGAAAAAAAACACUGUAAACCAUAAAAGCAACAGCUGGUAUUGAUGUGUAUAAAACUAUUGCAUUUGCAGAAGGAGUCAAUUAGUGGACGUUUGUGUGUUUCCCUUUAUAUAUGUAUGAGAGCGAGAGAGUAAGAGUUUUACACUGAGUAUAUUAUACUGUAUUGUCCAGUGGCAAAAUGUCCACCUUGCACUCCUCCUACUUCCCUCAGCUAACGUUCAACAGCCUCAAAGAAGACGACGACAAACGGCUUUAAACCAAAUGGAGAAACUCCAUCUGAAGUGACAAGUACCUCUUUUUAAAGGAUCCAGCUUUACUCUUUCCCCCCUUCCAAGUCCUUCGCCCAUCUGAUCUGUGAAGUGAAAGGAGAAAAAUUCACAAUCAGAAUUAAUUUUACUGGGUUCGAUAUUUGUUUUGGCUUUGCAGUGUUGUCUCAAACAUUCAGUAUGCUUAUUUUACAGUCACAGAAACAAAAAACAAACUGUCUUGUGGAAACUGUCAACAUACAUUCUCAGGGAUUUCUCUUUUAAAAAAAAAAAAAAAAAAAGUAAAAGUAAAAAAAAAAAAAGCAGAUAAAAAACAAACAAAAAGAGAACAAAAGCAUUUUAUUGUCCUGUAUAUAUGAAAGUAUAUGUCUGAAUAUUGGAAAAAAAAUGUAUAUGUUAACUAAUUUAUGACAGAAUAUUCUAUGUAAGGCACAAUACUUGAAGCUGCAGUACUUUUUGGUUUUAUGAAACAAACAAAAAAAACAUAUCAGAAGGACUUCAAAAUCGUUCGCCUUGCAUCGCAUCAGGGGCCAGUUCGAAACUGAAGUACACUGCUGGCUGGUUUUUGGCUCUGCGGACAUGUAAUGAACUGCAGAAACCAAGACAGGAAGUGGACAUGCAAAGUGUGUAUUCUCCCUAACACAGAAGUGUAUUGAGGAUUGUAGGAGUCGGGAGAAAGAGAUGACUGUGGAGGCAAAGCAGCGACAACAUACAGCUGCGAUGUUCAAGUAAAAUCUGCCUUCAUGUCUCCUUCUGCUGUGAUUCAGUCACAAAAAGCUCUGUUUUAUAUCCACGCCUCCUCCUCUGACAUCUCGACUUUGUGCAGGACAGAAAGUUGCUCUAUACUGUCGGUCUUGACUGUUUUUUAAAUUUUUAUUUUUCCUCCUCUUCAGUUUGUUUUAAUUUCUCUCUAGAAUUCCUCACACAAGAACAGCCUUCUUUCUUGCCUUGUCUUAAUGCUUUAAAAUAACCAAAUGGGAGUUCUAACUACCAAACUUUUCUCUUACGCCAAUACGACGUUGGUUACAAACUUUUUUUAGUUUCUUUAAUUUUUUUAGCUGGACUGUAUUCUGUGCUUGAAAAGCCCCAUUUCAUCUGUUCUUUCAGUGUCGUCUCUUGUUAGUAGCUCCUUUUGUUUAGAAAUAUGCUCCCUUUUUAUUUAUUACGUUAGGUAAAUGAUUGUACAACCAUCUCAUGCUCAUGAAGUUGAACUAAGAUUUGAUACACUGAUCGAUUUAUUUAUGUAACUAAAUCACUGUUUUAUAAACUUGUUAAUGAAUCAACAUUUUGUUUUGAUUAAAUUCGUUUUUUGAGAGGA